AUGUUUGUAAUAAUUACGGUACAAAUACGAGAUUCUUUCCAGGGUUAUCAUACAUCAGUACACGAUCUCAGCAGUGCUUCAUCAUCAUCCGCAGCUGCAGCUGCGGUUGCCGCCGCUCAACAACAUCCAUCGACAACUCCCGAUAGCCACCCUUUAGUCUUGGGCGGGGUGCCCCCUCUGACGGCUGGAGGCACCCAAACGUCCAUAUCGCUAACAGCCGUUAGUAGUCCUUCAGGAAGUUCAUCAGCGGGUGGUCAACGACUUGAUUCAGCGCCACAUUCGGUCGAAACACCGAAUCAAUUGCUUACCGCCCAACAACAAGAUAAUAUUUCUGAUACAGGUAGCAAAAGUUCGGAUUCAUAUCCAUCCUCUAUUACCUUAUCCUGUCAACAUCAGCAAUUAUCAAACGGAACUAUUAACGAUUACUGUACUGACAGUAUGCCCAAACGACAUCAGCAGCAACAUCAAAAUCAUGACACUACAGUAAAACCCAUAUCUUUAUCGAUUGAUAAUCAGGAUAUUAUUACUACUACUACUACUAUUACUAGUAGUAAUACUACAACUGUUACCAUCACUACAAUCACUACCACUGCCACUACUACUACUACUACUACUACAUCAUCGGUAUUAAUGAUGUCGCUAACAAAGAAGCGUGGAAUUUUUCCAAAGCCAGCGACAAAUAUUAUGAGAGCUUGGCUUUUUCAUCAUUUAACGCAUCCGUAUCCGUCGGAAGAUCAAAAAAAGCAACUUGCACAUGAAACAGGCCUAACAAUACUACAGGUUAAUAAUUGGUAA